AAUCGCGGUAAAAAUUUCCCAAAAUUGUAUCACUUGCUUUCCAGAUAGCGACAAUAACGUUUGUAAUAAUGUCGCUGAUAAGGGAGUUCGUUGUCGUUAUCCUCCUCGGGUCUUUCGCCGUCGCCUUUGGACGGCCCGAUGUUGGGAAGGCGCUCGGAAGAGCUCGGGUCGGUCUCCUUGGAGACAAAAUUCGUGGUCAUCAUUCAACUCCGGAGCUCCGUCGUCUGCCGGUUCACGUACGCGUAAGUAACCCCGAUGUCGAAGGAAUCCCGAUAAAUAGGGACAGUGACCGAUACGCUUACGAACCAAUCGACAACCUCUCCGCACCAAGGCAUGCAUCCCCACCAGCCGUGGGCGCCACCCCGUGUCAAACAGCGGAGCAAUGGGAGGGCAGAGCCAGCGAGUGGGAUCACAUCCAGGGCGUCAACAACCGUUUCAACAUCACCUUCGAUGGGAUUCAUCGACGAAAAAGGAUCAUGGAAGAUAAACACGCACAACUCCCUGGAAAGAGAAUCUACGAGUACAUCAUGCUUUACGAUGAAGGGAUACAGUACGUCAUCAACCACAACUACAACACAUGCACUGUGGAACAGCUAGGAACAUGGCGCAACUACACAAUUCCACCAAACUCUACUCUGGAGGACUACUACGAGAUAGGUGCUCCAGGAAGCGCCUUCAUGGUGCAAGAGUGGUCUGAUAGAAUCCCAGGAAGACAAAAGGAAAGUUGGAUCGGUACAUUCACUGAUGAUGGCUGCUGGCCUGUGACGGAGAUCUUCAUGGAGAAAGACGAACACCAGACCAUGAUCCAGUCGGUCAGUACCAAGUUCUUUGAUCUCCAUGCUGGGAUCUCGAGCAUGUCUGUAUUUACACCCCCAUCGUUCUGCAACACGACCAAUACCUCGACCACUCCAGAGCAACAGCCCACCGAAAUCCCACGAUCAGUCCGUCCGAGACCCAGGGCUCCUUCGACCAACAGACGAGUCCGCCCGCUUUCGACCGGAGGAUUCCCCAGCUUCCCACGUUCCCGAUCCGAGGUGCCCUCAGUCCUUCAGAACCAGCGUGGUCGAAUGGAUGGAGCUCAAAGUCUACUGGAGGCGGUUCUCUCCGGAGAUUACCGACAACUCCCCGAAGGCAUAGAUCGGAUGACCUAUGAUACCUUGUCCAAAGCGUACCGUGCCGCCAUGAAGAGUGGACGAGCAGCAUAGAAACCUUAUCACGGUCCCUCAUAAUAUUUCCCCUCGAUUCCCUAAUAAGUUCAUUGAUGCUGUGGAGGAGUCAUACCCAUUCAGUUUCAAAAUACGAAAGUGUGACCUAUCCACAAAUAUAGCAGCCUCCUGGAAGGACAUAAAUCCGGGAGGGACUCUGUUCUUCUUUUGUUUUUACUGGAGGUGCUGGCAAUAGGAUCUUUUUCUAGUUUUCUACUUCUAGUUUUACACGCUCUGUAGCAUUUGUAUCUUUUAUUUGUUUCAUCCUCUCCUUGGGUUUCCCCCUCUUUUUCUCAUUCUUUAUUAUAAUCUACGUUAAAUAAUUUGUGGUAUACACUUAUUUCACUAUUUCUUUUUUUUAAAGCUAUGUUUCUCACCGUCUGACCCUCUCUAUAUGUAUAAUAUAUGAGUCUAUAUCUCUCGUAUACCCCCCCCCCCAUCUCCCGUUUCCUCUCUAGCGAUGACUUAAGAAUAGAUGUAUGUAGUUCUAUUUCGAAUUCAUGUACCACACAUACCUAUAUGUAAAUGCUCUUUGUCAAUUAGAACAAACAUAUCUUAAUAAACCACUUUUGUAGCACCAUUUGCA